AUGCGGUCCGCGCUGCUGCUGCUCACGCUCGCGUCGGUGCAGGCCGCCGACCACGCCGAGACCAACACCCGCUCGUGCUUCGUGGGCUGCUGGAACCCGCACAACCUCAUCGGCGCCUUCCGCCUGGACGAGGUCAGUUCCGUCCUCCGCUCGGUCGGCGUGGCCGCCCUGCCUGGCACGGGGGUGAAGGCCUGGCAGAACGAGGCACAUCACGCGGCCAACGCCGCGCACCACCACGUUUUACAAUUCGGCUGGCAGAGGGGGCUCAUCACGAAGGCCUGCGGCUGCGCCAUCACGAUCACCCAAAAAUGGUUCGGGAAGAACGCCCUGCGGAGGAUCAUCACCCCGCCAGCGUCGCUGCGCGGGCGAGGCGGCCUGGCCUACGUAUGCUCGGGACCUGUGAUGAUCGCGAUCAUGGCGGGUUCGGCGGCGGUGCACCGCGACACGUGCACACAGCUGCUGAAGUGGGCCCAGGCGGAGUACGCGGCCAUUCCACAGCGCUACACAUCGAUGGUACGCAUGGACCUCAAUGGCGGCCUCAAUUUCUCAGGGCACUCCGACGCUGUGGGCUGUCACGGCACGCCUGUGGAGUCCCCCAUUGCGCAGCGCCUGCACGAGUGGAUGGAGACCGUCGGCUUGUGCGCGAUCAACACGUUCUUCCCGUGCGGCAAUACCUUCGAGGGCAACUCUGGGGCCAGCCAGGUCGACUACAUCCUCAUCCCCACGGCGGCCCGCCCGCCGGUUAGUUGGGCGGCCGCGUGGAGGCGGGCUGCGCAGGAAGGGCGGGCGAUGGCAGCGGUACUCGACCACAUCCCGAUUGUGAUGAAGAUGAAGAUGGUGCCGCCGAUCGAUCUCACCCCGCUGCGCGAGAGGUGGGACCACACUAAGCUCCGCGCGGAAACGCUGGUCAAGCGGAAAUGGGGCCUGUUGAAGGCUAGGCGGGCGCUCCUGUCCUCGGUCCGCGCGCGGGACGUUGCGGACGAGACCGCUGUGGAGGGCGCCGCGAGCUACACCCAACAGAUCAAGGCAUAUUCGGAGGCGCUGACGAGCCACAGCAAGCACAUGCUGGAGGCCCGCCAGGUGCACGCGGAGGGCGAGCUAGCUGAAGCGUGGCAACGGCGGGACAUGGCGGCGGCCCCCAGGCUGGCGGGGUCGCUCGCUAGGUGGUACGCCCCAGUUGAGCUGUUCAAGAUCCUCAUCAACCCCGCGUCGAUCAGCAUGCCGAGUGACUGCUGGGAGAAGACGGACCAGCUGGUGCACCGGGCCAAGUGCGGCGGGGCGGCCUACAGGCUCCUCCGCCUCGCGGUGCACCUCAGGAGGACGGGCCCCCUCCCAACUCAGGCCUCGCUGUCCCGCGGCUUCGCGCUCGACGAGAAGAGCGGGAAGCCAGGGCCUGCUGGGCGGCGGCCGCUCCACGCCGCGUGCCCUUGGUGGAGGGCUUACGCGCGCGGCCAACUCAUGCGAGGUGGCCCCUGUCGCCCCCCGCCCUGGGCCUUCGCGUGCCGCGGUCGGAGGCGCGAGCACCUGAUGACCUGCACCGAGAUCAUGGCAUGGAAAGGCGCGCGGGGGGGCCAGCCGAUGUUGCGCGGGAGCUACGACGCGACGAACGCCUUCGCCCGCGGGUCGAAGACCGAGCUGGAGGUGGGCAUUCGCGAGAGGCUGGAGACGGGCCCCGAGCUCGAGGAGAGGGGCAUCGCCUUCGCCACGCACAUCACGAGCACCAGGCGCCCCAGGCUCACGGUGGCGCUGGACGCCGCCGAUGAGCGCCUGGCCGCGCGCAGCGGCAGCGGGGGGUUCAUGGGCGACGCGUCGGGGCCUGAGAUUUGCAUGCAGAACUACCGCCAUGCUGUUGGGGCGUGGGUCGACUUCGAGCGCCGCCAGGACAACGGCGACACCGCCAUCACGUUCGGGCGCUUCGAGGCUGUGGGCGCGAUCGCGGGCGCCUUCAUGGGCGACGCCUUCAAGACACUGCUGAUCCCCAACACGGUGUGUUCCCCAGCGGCCGUGGCCAGGGCAUCCCUGGCCAAUGACCUCUACCUCGACCAGGCUUUGGCGGCGAGAGGCCACGCGCAGAAUCGAAAGAAGCAGGAUGUCGCCCCCGCCCUGGGGUCGAGGCAGCUCACCCGCCUGACGACGGAGUCGCUCUUGGCGUCGGGCUGUCACGCUGGCUACGGGCUGAAGCACUUGGGCGCCUGGCUCAACGCGGUCAACAGCAACGCGUCGGAGCUGAAGGCCAGGAUCCAGGCGAUCGACCGCGGCUGGAUGACGGUGGAGGUCUUCUGGUACCCCCGCGCCCCCCGACGCGCGAAGAGGCCCAUGUUCAUCUCCCUCGUGUCGGGCGCGGCGCUGUCGGGCACCGCUGCUAUGUGCUGGAAGCUCCGCUCCUUGAUGGGCGGCGCGGCGACGGAGACGGACCACGCGCGCACGCUCACCACGAGGGGCGUCUACCGCUAUUGGCAGCUGGUGCCAUUCGCGCUGGGGGCCACGAUCCAGCGCCUGAAGAUGUGGCAGAGCAUCCUGAGGAACCCUGGGAACCACUCGUCCUUCCUGUCGGUCUUCGCUGGCUCCAUGAAGUGGGAACUGGAGGCCGAGUGCGCGUGCCCACCGGCCCUUGCACCGUCGGGCGAGAUCAACGACCACCCUGGUGUCCACCCGUGGGCGGCACAGCUGAGGCGUGAUCUUCAGAUUGUCGUGGGCCACCCAGAGGCGGAGAGUUUUGCGACGUAUUGGGGCGGCGACGUCUACGAGCUGGCCUGUGCCCGCGAGGUCACCGACCUGUUCCUGGCCUUCGACCCCCGCGCCUUGAGGACUGCCUUCAUGUCGACGGCCUGGCGGCCGUCUGAUGCACUGGCGGAUUCAGUGACCGCAGAGGCCGAUGACGAAGACACGCGGGAGAAUCCUGCCCCCGCUUUCUGCUGCAACAUCGCCUUGGGGGAUGGUGAGAGGCGCGGGGCGUCCUUCAAGACACGGCCCGCGCUCGUCGCGCACGUCGCGCAGAGCCAGAGGGAGGGGCACGGAGCUAUGAGCAUCUUCCACAUCAUCACGCCCACGAACGCGUGCAUCAACUGCGGCACGGCGUACCAAACUCGCACAGAAGCUGUGCGGCACAGAUCUCGGUCGUGGCGCGCUGGCAGGUGCAUCAGAAAUAACGCGCCAUAUGCAUGCACGUUCGACAUGCCGAAAGAGCUGCACUGCACGAUCUACGACAUCACGCUGUCGUCGUACCCUGCCCUCAGCAGCCACUUGUGCCCCCACCUGCCGCUGGCGCAGGGAGGCAACCCAGCUUCCGUCGUGGAGCCCCGGCCGCCCCGCCCACCGCCCGCGCAGCCACGGCGGCCAGCGAUGGCCAUCCCUGGUGCUGGUGGGCGGGCCCGUGGCAGCGAGCGCCGCGCGCUGCCGAGCGUCCUGGUCCAGGGCGACGUCCUGCGUCUACUCCUGCGGCGGCAGGACCGCAAGAAGCAGGAGGUGAAGGGCGGUGGAGGUCUCGCUCGAGGAACAGCAGGGUCCGAGGGCCCUGCGCCCAAGCCGAGGGGGGCUCGCCGCGGGGGUCGGCGCCGCGGCGCGGCCGACAAGGAGAGGAAGCUGACCACGAAGGAUGGCGGCCUCCGCGAGCUCCUCCUGUUGCUGACGACGCAGAUCACGGCGCUCACGCAGAAGAGCAGGUCCACGUGGGGCAUCCUGACGCGCGCGAUCAUCAUCGAGGACUCUAGCCCCGUGGUCAAGGGCAUGCAGGACGAGAGGAAGGCGUUCGCCGACCAGGCCCAGAACCUCCGCAGCCGCGUCGCCAGGCUGAAAGACGAGCCCAGGAAGGCCAAGGACAAGGUCGCCGAGGUGGCCAUCAACAAGGAGGCCGACGAG